AUGAAUAACAACGACGAAAUUAUAUAGAAGUUGGAUGUGAUUGUAGCUAAUUACAUAAAUCAACGGGAUCAUAAUGGUUAACUGCUCACUGAAAAAUAUUCAGAGACUUAUAUAUAUUCUUUAGUUCAGAAACAUUUAUUUGACUAUGAAGCAAUUUUUACAGCUUCUCAAAAAUCUGUCAUUGAUGUCUUUGAUUUUAUAACUUCCUUAUUAAAAUUUACUUCAGAACCCAUAGAAGAUACCUUAUUCAUUAUAGUGUAAGCCAUAGAUUUCUUCAAAGCCAUCUGUGAAGAAUAUCAAACUUACACAAUCAAAUUCUCUGACCUCUCAAAUUAUCUUUGCAAAUACAACCCAAACUUGGAUGAUAAGGACGUUCCAUUACAAAACAGAACUAUAACUUAUCAUAAAUAUCCUCCUCUGAAAUAAUUCAAUAAACCCUAAAGUCGAUAAGUGAGAAGCAUUGAUUUAGAGGCACCCAUCAUUCUUGGAACUCUAGGUCAUUACAUAAAAAGAAUCAAUAAAGAUAAGGUAUACAUAGAUUCUUAGAAAAACUAAAACAGUUCUAUAUUAAGAAUGUAAUAUUAGGAAUCGGAACUAAAGAUCCUUAUUCUCCAUCAAUAUAGUGACUUUAUUAGUAUCUAUAAUCCAGAUUGCACAUUUAAAAGUAGAUUGAGACCCAAGGCUCAGCAAUUGAGAAAUAUUAUCCAUGAUUUCUGUUGGUCUGAAGAACAAUAAAGAAUAGGCAUAGUGUUUAAAGAUGCAUGGAUUUGUUUCAUGGACUAGGGUGACUAAUUUGAAUUGGAAAAGUACUUUACAACAAAAGUAGAUCAAAAUAGAAUCUAUUAUGUCCAAAGCAAAUGGAUGACUGUAGGUAGUGAUUCAAAGAUAUCAAUUUGGAAUUUGGAAACUGAGAAUAGUAAUGUUAUAUUUCAUGAUCAAAUCAAGAAUGUUGUAAAUAUAGUUGAAAUAACAUAUUUAUAAUUAGUGUGCAUAGCUUGCUAAGAUAAAUUGACCAUGUGGGAUCUAUGGGAAUAAAACAAGCCUAAAUUGCUCUUUAAAUUAUAAGUUAAUCACAGUCGAUUGAACAACAUUGUUUUCUUUUAGGAAUACCACAUAAUCAUAACGUCUGGCUUUGAUACUAAAGUGAAUCUCUAUUAACUGCAUAAGAAAUAUAAUGAUGGAGAUUAUGUUGGUUAAUUGGAAGGUCACAACGCUAUAGUUACAGCAAUCUAAUGUGUAGAGAAAUCUCCAAUUGUAAUAACUACAGAUGAUCGACUAAUUGUGAAAUUAUGGGAUAUUAGAAUGAUGAAAUGCAUACAAUCUUUUGAUUUAGAAAUGAGAUAAUCUAUCAAUUACAUCACAGUAAUGUAGAAUCUAUCAAGCGUAUGCUUUGCUACUAAUCGACUAAUUGUAAUGGCUUUUGAAGGUCACAAUAAAAAUCUUACUUAAGCUAAGCCCUAAAAGUAGAGAACUUUACAUUUAUAUCCUAAAUAGGUGGAAUUAAAUGCUAUCAAACAAUAAUUGAUGGUUUCAACUAACAGAGAUAUCCGAAUAAUCAAUUUAUCUAAUGGAUAAACUGAUACCAUAAUAAAGGCUAUGAUUGGCGAAACUGAUGAUAUGAUCAGUCAAUUUAAACCAAUUCAAUAGCAUAAAAAGAUUGUGCUUGGAACAACUAAGGGGCUUAUUAAAAUAUUUGAUACAUACUCUGGUGAUAUAAUUAAAGAAUACUAGAAUAACAGUAAUAAAAUCACCCAUCUAUCUAUUGAUUAUCAAAAUAGAAUAAUUUCUACAUCAUCACUAGAUGGUUAGAUACAUAUUUAUAAGGAGAAUAAUUUAAAUUUAGAAUCCUUAAGGAAAGCUGAAUAUGCCCAUAAUGGUAUUGAUUAUUGCUUUAUUUCUUUGUACCACGAUUUGAUUAUUACAGCUGGUGUUGACAUAGUAUGUUUAUGGAAUUUGGAAUUUACAAAGCCAAUAUCUACAAUUAGGACUGAAUCAGCUCCAAAAGGAGUUUAUAUUCUGGAUGGUUAGCGCAUCAUAAUUAUUGGGUGUAAAAUUAACACAUACUUCCUCCAAUUUGAAAAAAAAGAAGAUUAAUACUUUUAUCAACAAAUAGGCUUCAUUCCAUAAAGUUGUUGUGCAUUCAUUGAUAAAAAUGGCACUGUACUUUUAGGAUCUAGAAGAGGCUUGAUUUGUAAACUACAGUUUAACACAACUAAAAGCUAAAAAGUAUAAUUUCAUCCAUUUAGAUAAAAUUGGGAAGACUAUAAUGUAGGGAUUAAUAAUCAUAAAGUCACUAGAUUUGUUGUUAACACUACAUAGGAAUUGAAUGUAGAUUAAUAAUUUGAGGCUCAUAAAAAAAGAAUUCAACAUAUAGAUUUUAUUUCAUUGGAGGGUGAUAAUGUAUUAAAGGAAGUUUAAUCUAAAGUAAUAACAACAUCUAAAGAUGGCUUUUUGAAGAUUUUUGAUUAUCCAUCAUUUGAAUUAAUGUGUGCUUUAAAUGUUAACCAUGUUUUACCACUAAAAUGGUCGAUUACAAUUGAUGAACAAGAAAACCUGAAAUUUAAAGUGGCUUUUGCAUUAAAAGUAAUUCAUUUUAUUAGAUCAUAACCUAAUCUGACAAUUAGUCAUUUAAGAAUGCUAGAACCUAACUCAAUAUUUAAAAAUUUAUUGGGUCACAAGAAAUUCUUUAAAUAAAGCACAAAUGAUAACAAAGUCCAAUUGUUAUAAGACUUUUAUGAACCUAGAGAUUUAGUAUUUCAAAAAGUUAAGGGGUUCUAUAAAAGUGAAUUAUAAGGACUUUCCUUAAAAUAAAUCGAGGAGAAGAAGAAAACUUUACUUCAAGCGAAAAUGUUUGAGAAAGAUUAUAAUGAAUAGAAUUUCUAAUCAGAAUAGAAACAAAACGAAGAUAUGGGAAAUAAAGAAUUUAAAAAUUGGUAGUAAUUCCUUAAUCCAAAUUUCAGAAAAAAUGGGGUCUAAGGAGAAAUAGAAUAGAUUGAAAGAUUACACAUGGUUCACCAAUUUGAAAAACGAUUAGAUCAGGUCUUAACAAAAGAAGAGGAUACUAACAUCAAGCCGAAUGUUCCAGGGAGAAGGUACUCAAAAACAAAGCAAGAUAUAUAAAAUAAAAGCGCAAAUAAAUCUUCAAGGUUUAGAUCCACUCUUCCAUUCUUUCAAUAUGCAAGUGAAAGAAAAUUGGCAUCAAUUCCUGCCUCAACUGACACUUCUCAAAGAUCGACUCAUGUAGGAUAUGAUACUAUAAGAGAAGAAUAUUCUAAAAAAAAAAUCUAAAGAGUUUAGUUUUUGACAUAAAAUAUUGGUUAGCUGAUUUCAGAUUUGGAUUAGAAUUAAAAAAAGUAAGGAUUGGAAAUAGGAGAGAACACUAUGAGAAAGACUAGUGGAUAAGUGUUCAAUUAGAUUGUAAAUAAUUUGAAUGACAAACUGAGGGAUUCAAAGUUUAAGAAAUAUUCUAGAAGUAUGGGUAAACAAGAUCUAGAAGGAAUUUUGAGUGAUCCUCAUCUAAAAUCUUUCCAUUCUAAGCAAUCUUUAAGGAAAUUGCCAUGA